UUUUGACAGAUGCAGAAAUAGAAAAAUAAGAAAAGCAUACGGAGCGGAAUUGUUUGCUGGUUUGUUUGUGGCUUUCCUUGAAAUAAGUGCAAAAUCUCUGCAAAUCUUCGUCAUCAUGUUGAUCAAAGUGAAGACCCUGACCGGCAAAGAAAUUGAAAUCGACAUUGAACCCACGGACAAAGUGGACCGGAUCAAGGAGCGAGUGGAAGAGAAGGAAGGCAUCCCCCCGCAGCAGCAGCGGUUGAUCUUUUCCGGCAAACAGAUGAACGAUGACAAAACCGCCCAAGACUACAAAGUCCAAGGAGGGUCCGUGUUGCAUCUGGUCCUUGCUUUGCGUGGAGGGUUACUGCUGUGAACUGGCGAAGAUGGACUAGAUUGGCGUUCCGCGGACAGUUGCGCGGGUCCGGAUUACUGUGGUGUGUCUCUAUCGUCUCAUUGUUUUGCUUAAUGCUAUUGAUUUGGAAAUGUGUCACUGAAUAAAACCACGACAUAAUCAAUCAAA